AAAACACUACUUUGAUGCAUUUCUUUCCAUCGCCUAUAAAUACUUUUCUUCACCCCCUCCAAACCCUCCACUGGAGAUCUCCCCCACCCCCUGACCCCUCCUCCAAAAAUCAAACAAAAAUUCCUUCUCUCUCUAAAACUUCCACUCUACUUUCCCAGAGAGCUCUCUGCUCUCCGAUCGAACUCGUCUAAUGCACUGAAUCCCCCGAUCGAUCCUCGAUCAUGGCCGAAAUCGCGCGGCUCGUCGAAGUCCUCUUCAACGAGACGGCACCGUCGAGCGGCGAUCUCUCGCACAGGCUCCGCUCUGACUCGUCGCUCAAGCUAGGGUUGGAGAAGUUCUACUCGAUCCUCAGACUCGGCGUCGAGCCGGUCGGAGGCGGGAGGCUAGGGUUUGAGUGCUGGGACAAGGCUCAGGUUCAGGCCGUGUGUUCGCUGGCGUACGCGGUUGCUUACGCCACUCGAUCUGUCUCAGUUGAGCAAGCAGAACCUAUAAUUGUUGCGGCUGUGCAGCAGUCCCUGGAAUUUGCUAUUUGUCAUUUGGAAACAUCCGUGCCUUGCAAUGAUGACUUGACUAUUCAGAUAUUGGAGAUAGCACUGAUUGCUGGAAUGGAUAAAGAGACUGAUCUGCUACAGCCUUCCUUCGGCAAUAGACAUGUAGAUUCGUUGUCAGCUUUGGCCGCUGGAACUGGCAAUAUUGAUCUCGGUGACUGUGUCAGAUGCAUACUUCAAGGGGGCCGUUGCUCAAAGGAACAAAAACCAGCUGAUCGACUCCUGAUGACAUUAGUUGCUGAAUGCAUGCAACCUGAUAAUGUGACCCAACUGAUUCUUCGAUCUACCUCUCACCAGGACGUGAAUAAGUUGGCUUUUCUUUCUCAACAUUGGGCAGUUGCUCAUUUGGAAUGUGUUCAACGUCUCGUUUUGGUAUGCAAGGAUUUGUUCGAGCUUCCACUUACCCUUGAUGAGAAAAUGGUCGGUACCAAUUUCCGCAAGAGGUUGUCCUUUUGCCUGAGGGUUUUCAAGUUACUAAGGAUUCUUGUGAAAGACAUUCCUUAUGUCGAAUGUGAUGCUACAUUGCUACAAGCUGUUGCUUCCUUUGCUGGUGUACUGCCUAGCUUAUUCAGGACUGAGAUUGAUUUUGUAAACAUUAAUGCUGCUGUUGAGAGUAGUUGUGAGAACCUCGUACUGUUGCUGGUGGAAGAGUUUCUUUUACUUGUUCAAGUUGUUUUCCGCAACAGCAGUGUAUUUGAGAACAUCCGGGCAUGCAUAGUUGCUUCUAUAUUGAGCAAUUUGGAUACUAAUUUGUGGAGCUACAACAAGGGUGCUGCAAACCAAAAGCCGCCAUUGGCUUACUUUCCUCGUGUUGUUGGUUGCCUAUUGAAACUCAUUGGAGACAUUAAACGACAAACACAGGCCAUUGAUUUGAAGGAGUUUGACGCGGAGUGCUCUAGAAUUGACUUCCAAAACAACUCCCCUGCCUGUAACAUUCAUUUGGAGAGGAUUUUUUUGCUUAAGAAGUACACAACUGAGGAACUUUUAAGCACAAUUUUCCCUUCAUCCGGACAGUGGGUUGAUAAUUUAAUGCAGCUUGUUCUAUUCCUUCAUUCUGAGGGAGUAAAAUUAAGGCCAAAGCUGGAGAGAUCCUAUUCCAGUGCCACAAAAGCAGUUUGCUCUGCUGAAUUAGAAAGUGCUGUUUGCCAUGAAGAAGAACCUCUCUUUGGAGACCUUUUCUCUGAGGGUGGUCGUUCGGUAGGAUCAGCUGAUGGGUGUGAUCAACCCACUGUUGCUGUCAGUUCUGUCUCCCACUUUUCCAAUAUGCCAAUUCAAGUUGCUACAGAACUGGUUAGCUUUCUUAAUAUGUGUCUUUUUUCUCCUGAUUGGCAUCCUUCUAUUUACGAGGAUGGUUGCCGAAAGCUAACUGGCAGCCAUAUGGAUGUUCUGCUCUCCAUACUUUACUGUCAGUGCUGUUGUUAUGAAGAGAAGACUUCUGAUAAGUUUGGGAAUGUACAUGGACUUUGCUUUGAACUUCUGCAACACCUUCUCUUGCACCAUGCCUUGUCUUCUUCACUUGAGGAAUAUCUGGUUGAGCAAAUUCUGAAAGUUGAAAAUGGUGUUUUUGUUUACAAUGAGCAGACCCUGACCUUGCUAGCUCAUGCUGUUAUCUGUAGGGCAGGUUUGUCUGGUAGCCAGUUGAGAACCAUAAUCUACAAGAUAUAUGUUGAUUUCGUUGUGGGAAAGGCAAAAACAGUUUACUCAAGCUGUCCUAGCCUUAAGGAACUUGUUGAGACUCUGCCCUCUACUUAUCACAUUGAGAUUCUUCUUAUGGCAUUCCAUUUAUCAUCUGAUGCUGAAAAGUCAACACUGGCAGGCAUUAUAUUUUCUUCUUUUAGUCAAAUUGAUGAUUGUUCCUCUGGUUUCACCAAUACACAAGUGUCAUGCUGGGCUUUGCUGAUUUCACGAUUGGUUUUAGUGCUUCGCCAUAUGAUAUACUACCCGCAUGCUUGCCCUUCAUCAUUGCUUUUGGUAUUGAGAUCCAAGUUGAGGGACACCCAACUUACUGGAGUACGUCUUCCGAAUACUUUUAAUGAUCAUUUGUCAUCCUGGGCAUCGCUUGCUGUGGAGAAUUUGAUGCCUGGAUGGAUCAGAGAUGGUCCCAUCAGCACUAACAUGCUUAAUCAACUGAUUGAUAUUGCACCACUUCCUGCUUCAGUGUGUCGAGAGGAGAUGGUGAUCGACUGCUUAUCUUUGAGUUGGGGUGACUUAUGUGCGACCUUCUCGCAGAUUCUGCGCCAUUGGAGAGGCAAAAUAGCUGAAACAGUGGAUGAUCUUGUCAUUGAAAGAUAUGUAUUUGUGCUUUGUUGGGAUGUUCCUACAAUGGGUUCCACAUUGGAACAUCUGCUUCACUUCUGGAGUGGCAAACAUUCAAUGGACACCUCAAAUGUGGAGCAUUUAUUCUGUUUUAGCCACUCACUCUUGGGCCAUUGCGGUGUUAUUGCGGAGAAGGUUAACUUCUCAGAGAUGAUUUUUGCUGUGCUUCAGCAUUUGCAUGCUGUAAACUUGUCUGGGGACAGUGGGGAGCUAGGAUUGGAUUUUUUGAGUAAUGGUUCAUGGCUAUCUCUGAUACUGUCUUUACUUAAUGCUGGCAUUUGGAGGUAUUGCUUGAAGAAUUCAAUUACUUUCACUGGCCCAGUAUGGUCAGAUCAGACUAACAGGGACAAUGAGCUUCUUUCUAUUGCUGAAGGCCUGGUUUCCAGGGUCUUUGGAGCAAAUCAAGUUGCAGAGUUGUUGAGGAUAUUCUCUUCUUUGCUAAAUAGAUACUUGCGGGUUUAUCAGAAAUCCUUCCUUUCUGCCUUCAGUAGUAGCAAGCAUUCUACCCCGGAAUCUUCACCUUUGUUGCUUUUGAAAUAUACUGGAUUUGACAAAUGCAUGCAGGAUGAGCUCCUUGAGAAGGAAGGAAUCAAUCCAAGUCAGCUGGAGUCUGUUUAUGAUCUUUUGUCGAAGUUGGACGGUACCAUUGACAAACUUUCUUCAGGAAUCCAAUCCAGUAAGGUCUUUUGGGAAUUUGUCUUGCAUGGUUUUCCUUGUUAUUUUCAAACUCCAAGUGGGAGUCUCGUUUCUUGCGUUCUUGGCAUUAGAGGUAUGCUUUACUUUUUAGAUGGGCUUCUUAACUGUAGAGAUGCUAUAAGAGUUGGCUCCAUGGAGACUGAGGUAUUUAGACAGAUUCUUGAUUCAGUCAUGACAAUCAAUUCUGACAAGGUUUUUGGCAGUAUUCACCGAAAUUGUGAAUCAGUUUACCGCAGCUUGAUUGAACAUUUGGAAGUGCCUGAUUAUAGCUGUUUAUAUGAACUGAAGCACGUGGAAGAAUUUCUAAGGUUGAUCAAUCUAAAAGAAGUCAGUAACAGCAGUAUUCAUGAAUGGAUAGUUAACAAGGCCAUUGACUUCAUGGAUAUCCUACGAAAGGACCCCUCAAGAGCUGUUGUUUUCAGAUUUUUUCUCUCCGGGGAAGAUGUUUCAGCCCAGGCCAAGGAUCUUUAUGGUUCACAACGUGGUGAUUUGUUGGUUCUAAUGGAUUCAUUGGACAAAUGUGACUCUGAACCUGUAAAUGUAAAGGUUCUUAAUUUCUUCAUUGAUAUUGUACCAGGAGAUUCAUGUCCUGGUAUCAAACAAAAAAUACAGGAGAAAUUCCACGGCAUGGAUUUACUUUUCCUUUCACAAUGGUUAGAAAGGCGACUGUUGGGUUCGAUGGUGGAAGAUUCAGGUGGGAUUGCUAGUGUAAAAGCAAGUUCAGUUUCUCUAAGGGAAUCAACCAUGGAUUUUAUUGCAUGCCUUGUAUCGCCAUAUUCUGAACAGCAAUCAGGAGAACUGCAGAGCCAUAUUUUUGAAGCCAUGCUGAUUUCUCUUGAUAAUGCCUUUUUGCUAUUUGAUGCUCAGACGACAAAAUCCUAUUUCAGUUUUGUUGUUCAACUGUCAAGAGGUGAGACUUCAAUGAAGGCCCUUGUGCAGCGGUGUCUGGUGCUGAUGAAGAGGCUGGCUGGUGAUGAGCAUCAACUUCAAGGUCUGAAGUUUCUCUUAGGUUUUCUUGGUGCCAUUUUGAGUGAUUGUGGAUUGAGUAAAAGUACCAUUGACAAAUCUUUUGGGAAGCCUUUGUCUAGCAAUACUGCUGGUAUGGGAAUUAUGACCUCACGGUCUCCAAGUUCAGGAAAAAAUUCCGAGACCUUGGUUCUUUCUGCUAAUCAGGAAGGGGGAUCCGCAUCUCUUGAAUGCGAUGCAACUUCUGCGGAUGAAGAUGAGGAUGAUGGAACAUCAGAUGGUGAGGUGGGUAGCAUGGACAAGGAUGAGGAAGAUGAUUCGAACAGUGACAGGGCUCUUGCUUCCAAAGUUUGCACAUUUACAUCCAGUGGCAGCAAUUUCAUGGAACAACACUGGUACUUUUGCUAUACAUGUGAUCUGACUGUGUCAAAAGGCUGUUGUUCUGUGUGUGCCAAAGUUUGUCAUCGUGGUCAUCGUGUUGUAUACUCCCGCUCAAGUCGCUUCUUUUGUGAUUGUGGAGCUGGGGGUGUUAGAGGUAGCAGUUGCCAAUGCUUGAAGCCUCGGAAAUUUACUGCUAGUAACAAUGUGCCCACUCGUGGCUCCGCCAAUUUUCCGUCUUUUCUACCCUUUACUGAGGAUGGAGAUCAGCUUCCUGAUAGUGAUUCAGAUUUUGAUGAAGACGUCCCUAUAGACACUGAUAACUCUAUUAGGUUGUCUAUUCCAAGAGAGGUUCAAGAUGCGAUGCCGUUGAUUCUUAAAGAACUUGAUGUUGAAGGUCAGGUGCUUGAACUUUGCUCUUCUUUGUUGCCUUCUGUAACUUGCAGAAGGGACUCCAACCUUUCAAAAGGUAAGACCAUUAUACUGGGUGAAGAUAAAGUGCUUUCUUACGGAGUCGAUCUUUUGCAAUUGAGGAAGGCAUAUAAAAGUGGGUCGUUAGACCUCAAGAUAAAAGCGGAUUAUCCUAAUGCCAAGGAGCUGAAAUCUCAUUUAGCUAGUGGAUCACUUGUGAAAUCCUUGCUUAGUGUUAGCAUUCGAGGUCGACUUGCUGUUGGUGAAGGUGACAAAGUGGCCAUAUUUGAUGUUGGGCAGCUGAUUGGGCAGGCAACCGUUGCACCUGUGACAGCUGACAAGGCUAAUGUGAAACCCCUCUCUAAGAAUGUUGUCCGAUUUGAAAUUGUUCAUCUUGUCUUCAACCCUGUGGUAGAGAAUUAUCUUGCCGUAGCAGGCUAUGAAGAUUGCCAGGUCCUUACUGUAAGUCAUCGUGGAGAGGUAACUGAUCGCCUAGCUAUUGAACUUGCUUUGCAAGGGUCUUAUAUCAGGCGUGUGGAUUGGGUUCCAGGAUCGCAGGUUCAGCUAAUGGUGGUUACCAACCGGUUUGUCAAGAUAUAUGAUCUUUCUCAGGACAACAUCAGUCCCAUGCACUACUUCACAUUGCCCGAUGACAUGAUUGUGGAUGCAACACUUGUUGUGGCAACCCAGGGAAGGAUGUUUCUUAUUGUUCUCUCAGAGCUUGGAUGCUUAUUCAGGCUAGAAUUGUCAAUGAAAGGAAAUGUUGGAGCCAAACCACUGAAGGAAGUGGUUCAAAUUGUAGGUAAAGAUGUCCUCGUGAAGGGAUCGUCCUUGUACUUUUCACCAACUUAUAAGCUACUCUUGUUAUCUUACCAAGAUGGAAGCACAUUGGUUGGCCGGUUAAAUCCUGAUGCAACUUCUCUUACUGAGAUAUCUGCGAUAUAUGAGGAUGAGCAUGAUGGUAAGCUGCGACCAGCUGGAUUGCAUCGCUGGAGGGAAUUGCUUGUUGGGGGUGGAUUAUUUGUCUGUUUCUCGACUCCAAAGUCCAAUGUUGCCCUUGCUAUUUCCAUGGGGGAGAACGAGAUGUUUGCACAGAACCUACGUCAUUCAGUGGGUUCAACCUCGCCUUUGGUUGGGAUAACUGCAUACAAGCCAUUAUCCAAAGACAAAAUCCACUGUCUUGUUUUACAUGAUGAUGGAAGUCUCCAGAUAUACUCACAUGUUCCUGUUGGGGUUGAUGCUAGUUCAACAGCUAUGUCAGAAAAAGUGAAGAGACUGGGAUCUGGUAUUCUUAGCAAUAAAGCUUAUGCUGGUUUAAAUCCGGAAUUCCCACUUGAUUUUUUUGAGAAAACAGUAUGCAUCACGGCAGACGUGAAACUGAGUGGUGAUGCCAUCAGGAAUGGCGACUCGGACGGAGCUAAGCAAAGCUUAGCAUCUGAGGAUGGGUUUUUAGAGAGUCCCACCGCUGCAGGAUUUAAGAUCACUGUUUCAAAUUCCAAUCCCGACAUAGUCAUGGUUGGUUUUCGUGUCCAUGUGGGAAAUACAUCAGGAAACCAUAUCCCUUCUGAGAUUACUAUUUUUCAGAGAGUGAUAAAAUUAGACGACGGCAUGCGGUCUUGGUAUGAUAUUCCAUUCACAGUGGCUGAAUCACUUCUUGCUGAUGAAGAAUAUACAAUUUCGGUUGGACCGACCUUCAAUGGCUCCACAUUACCGAGAAUAGACUCGUUGGAAGUUUAUGGUCGAGCUAAGGAUGAAUUCGGCUGGAAGGAGAAGAUGGACGCAGUGUUGGAUAUGGAAGCUCGUGCUCUUGGUUGUAAUUCCUCAGCUGCAGGUUCGAGGAAAAAGUGUCGUAUCACGCAAUCUGCUCCUGUUCAGGAGCAAGUAGUUGCAGAUGGCCUUAAGCUUUUGUCUAGGUUCUAUUCACUGUGUAGGUCACAAGGAUACUCGAAGGUUGACGAUGUAAAGCUGGAGCUGAGCAAGCUAAAGUGCAAGCAGUUGUUAGAAACAAUAUUUGAAAGUGAUAAGGAGCCUUUGUUGCAGGCUUCUGCUUGCCGUGUCUUGCAGGCUGUGUUCCCUAAAAUGGAUAUGUAUCUCCAAGUUAAGGACACAUUGCGCCUUCUCGGAGUGGUGAAAUCCACCGUCAUUCUGACUUCAAGGCUGGGAGUUGGUUGUACCACAGCAGGGUGGAUUAUUGAAGAGUUCACAGCCCAAAUGCGUGCAGUUUCUAGGAUUGCAUUGAACCGCCGGUCAAACUUGGCCACCUUUCUGGAAACAAAUGGUUCAGAAGUGGUAGAUGGGUUGAUGCAAGUAUUGUGGGGAAUAUUGGACAUAGAGCAACCUGACACACAAACUAUGAACAACAUCGUUAUAUCCUCUGUGGAGUUGAUUUAUUGUUAUGCUGAGUGUCUUGCUUUGCAUGGGAAGGAUUCAGGAGAGAUAUCUGUUGCCCCUGCUGUUUCAUUAUUGAAGAAACUUCUGUUCUCCUCCAAUGAGGCCGUCCAGACAUCCUGCAGCUUGGCUAUAUCUUCAAGGCUGCUUCAGAUGCCAUUUCCAAAGCAAACUAUGUUAGGUGCAGAUGAUGCGGUGGAGAAUGCAUCACCUAUUCUUUUGCCUGCUGAUGUGACAGCCUCAGCUGUUGGAAAUACUCAAAUCAUGGUUGAAGAAGACUCUAUUACAUCUUCUGUCCAAUAUUGCUGUGAUGGUUGUUCCACUGUUCCUAUACUUAGGAGAAGAUGGCAUUGCACUGUUUGCCCUGAUUUUGAUUUAUGCGAGGCAUGUUAUGAAGUGCUUGAUGCAGACCGGCUUCCUCCACCACACUCUAGGGAUCAUCCGAUGUCUGCAAUUCCAAUUGAAGUGGAAACAUUAGGUGGGGAAGGCAAUGAGUUUCACUUGACGACAGAUGAUUUCAGUGACUCAAGCUUGUUGCCAAAUGCAGCUGAAGUAAACAAUCAAAGUUCUGCCCCAUCGAUUCAUAUGCUAGAACCCAAUGAAUCUGAGGAGUUCUCCACCUCCGUGAUAGACCCAGUUACAAUUUCAGCAUCAAAAAGGGCUGUAAAUUCGUUGCUUAUUUCUGAACUUCUCGAACAGCUGAAAGGGUGGAUGGAAACCUCCUCUGGGGUUCGGGCUAUUCCUGUUAUGCAGCUCUUUUAUCGAUUAUCAUCUGCUGUAGGUGGACCUUUUGUUGACAGCUCAAAACCAGAGAGCUUAGAUUUGGAGAAAUUAGUAAGAUGGUUUUUGGAUGAGGUUAAUCUGAACAAACCUUUUGCAGCCAAAACUCGUUCUUCUUUUGGAGAGGUCACUAUCCUUGUUUUUAUGUUCUUUACUUUAAUGCUACGAAAUUGGCAUCAGCCCGGCGUAGAUAUUUCUGUACCGAAAUCCAGUGGAGCAACAGAUAUGCAUGACAAAAGCGUCAUCCAUGUUCUACCUUUGUCUUCAGUUCCUUCCCUGUCAUCGUUGGAUGAUCAAGAGAAAACUGAAUUUGCUGCUCAGCUGCAUAGCUCGUGUGGAUCCCUUAGGCAGCAAGUUUUUGUUAAUUAUCUAAUGGAUAUCCUGCAGCAGUUGGUGCAUGUUUUCAAGUCCCAAACUGGUAGCUUUGACAAUGGGAAUGGUGCAAACCCUGGUUCAGGAUGUGGGGCUCUGCUAACAGUCAGAAGAGAGCUACCAGCGGGUAACUUUUCUCCGUUCUUUUCAGAUUCAUAUGCUAAAUCACACCGGACGGACAUAUUUGCUGACUACCAUAGGCUAUUGUUAGAGAAUGCUUUCCGUCUGGUUUACAGUUUGGUUAGACCAGAAAAGCAUGACAAGGCUGUGGAGAAAGAGAAGGCAUCCAAGAUAUCUUCUGGCAAGGAUUUGAAACUAGAUGGGUAUCAGGAUGUUCUCUGCAGUUACAUCAACAAUCCCCAUACAAGUUUUGUGAGAAGGUACGCGAGGCGGCUUUUUCUGCAUCUAUGUGGUAGCAAGACUCACUAUUACAGUGUUCGAGACUCUUGGCAGUUCUUGAGUGAAGUUAAGAGGCUUUUCAAAUACAUAAAUAAAUCUGGUGGCUUUCAAAGUACAAUCCCCUAUGAAAGGAGUGUUAAGAUAGUGAAAUGCCUGUCUACUAUAGCUGAAGUAGCUACUGCACGGCCUCGGAACUGGCAAAAGUAUUGUUUGAGGCAUGGAGAUGUCUUGUCCUUUCUGAUGGAUGGUAUAUUCUGUUUCGGGGAAGAGUCUGUUAUUCAUUCUCUUAAACUUCUGAAUUUGGCUUUCUAUACUGGAAAGGACAUGAACCACGCCUUACAGAAAGCCGAAGCAGGGGACACAGGAACAAGUUUGAACAAAUCAGGAGUGCAAGCUCUGGAGUCCAAGAAGAAGAAGAAAGGAGAAGACAGUGCUGAAUCUGGUUUGGAGAAGUCUUAUUUAGAUAUGGAGGCUGCUGUAGACAUCUUCAUUGCCAAAGGGGGAGAUACCUUGAGGCAAUUCAUCGAUUGCUUUCUGUUGGAAUGGAAUUCAAGCUCUGUACGGUCGGAAGCCAAAUGUGUUCUCUACGGUGUCUGGCAUCAUGGAAAGCAGUCAUUCAAGGAAUCCUUGUUAGCAUCUCUCUUGCAUAAAGUGAAUUGCCUGCCAAUGUUUGGCCAGAAUAUCAUUGAGUAUACUGAACUCGUCACCUGCUUGUCGGGGAAGCCUGAUAACAUUUUGAAGCAACAGAACACUGAAAUUGUGGACAGAUGCUUGACCCCUGAUGUGAUCAGGUGCAUCUUUGAGACACUUCACUCCCAGAAUGAACUUUUGGCUAAUCAUCCGAAUUCACGUAUAUACAACACUUUGAGUGGUUUAGUGGAAUUUGAUGGGUACUAUCUCGAGAGUGAGCCUUGUGUUGCUUGUAGCUCUCCUGAGGUGCCCUACAGUAGGAUGAAGCUAGAAAGUUUAAAAUCAGAGACAAAAUUUACAGAUAAUCGCAUCAUAGUGAAAUGUACUGGGAGCUAUACCAUCCAGAGUGUGACCAUGAAUGUUCACGAUGCUCGUAGGUCCAAAUCAGUCAAAGUGUUGAACCUCUAUUACAACAAUAGGCCUGUGGCUGACUUGUCAGAGUUGAAGAAUAAUUGGUCAUUGUGGAAACGUGCAAAGAGCUGCCACCUUGCUUUCAAUCAGACUGAGCUAAAAGUGGACUUUCCCAUUCCAAUCACUGCAUGUAACUUCAUGAUUGAGUUGGAUUCUUUCUACGAAAAUCUUCAAGCUUUAUCCCUUGAACCAUUGCAGUGUCCACGUUGCAGUCGUCCUGUCACUGAUAAGCACGGGAUUUGUAGUAAUUGCCAUGAGAAUGCAUAUCAAUGCAGGCAAUGUCGCAAUAUCAAUUAUGAGAAUCUGGAUUCUUUCUUGUGCAAUGAAUGUGGGUACAGCAAAUAUGGUCGCUUUGAAUUUAAUUUUAUGGCAAAGCCGAGUUUCAUUUUUGACAGUAUGGAAAAUGAUGAAGAUAUGAAGCGGGGCCUGGCUGCUAUAGAAUCUGAAUCAGAAAAUGCUCACAGGAGAUAUCAGCAACUGCUGGGCUUUAAGAAACCUUUGCUUAAGAUUGUGUCAAGCAUUGGUGACAACGAGAUUGACUCUCAGCAAAAGGAUUCUGUGCAGCAAAUGAUGGUCUCUUUGCCUGGACCUUCAUGCAAGAUAAACCGUAAAAUUGCACUUCUUGGUGUCCUAUACGGUGAGAAGUGCAAAGCAGCUUUUGAUUCUGUUAGCAAAAGUGUGCAGACACUUCAAGGCCUUCGACAGGUUUUGAUGAACUACUUGCAUCAGAAAAAUUCUGAUAGUGCAGUUGCAUCAUCCAGAUUUGUGGUAUCCAGAUCACCGAACAAUUGCUAUGGCUGUGCUUCUACAUUCGUUACACAGUGUCUGGAAAUACUGCAGGUGCUAUCAAAGCGCCCAAACUCAAAGAAGCAACUUGUUUCUGCUGGCAUUUUAUCCGAGUUGUUUGAAAAUAAUAUUCAUCAGGGUCCUAAAACUGCUCGUGUCCAAGCCAGGGCAGCUCUUUGUGCUUUCUCAGAAGGUGAUAUAGAUGCGGUGGCAGAGUUGAAUAGUUUGAUACAGAAGAAAGUCUUGUACUGCCUUGAACAUCAUCGCUCAAUGGACAUCGCCCUGGCUACCCAUGAAGAGCUGCUGUUGCUUUCAGAGGUGUGUUCUUUGGCGGAUGAAUUUUGGGAGUCGAGACUGCGAGUUGUCUUCCAGUUGUUAUUUUCUGCGAUUAAAUUAGGUGCCAAGCAUCCUGCUAUUUCUGAGCAUGUUAUUCUUCCUUGUCUGAGGAUUAUAGCUCAGGCAUGUACUCCUCCAAAACCAGAUACAACCGACAAAGAGCCAGGGAUGGGAAAGCCAGCCUCGUCAUCAGAUGAAAACAACUUAAAUCCUUCUGCACAUUCCAGUGCUCUUGUUAGUGGGGGUAAGACUCUGCCUGAAUCAUUAGAAAAGAGUUGGGAUGGUUCUCAAAAGACUCAAGACAUGCAGUUACUGAGCUACUCAGAGUGGGAGAAGGGAGCUUCGUACCUUGAUUUUGUUAGGCGGCAGUAUAAAGUUUGCCAGGCUGAGAAGGGAGGUCAGAGGUCUCGGCCACAGAGAUAUGACUACCUGGCUUUGAAAUAUGCCCUUAGAUGGAAGCGCCGUGCUUGUAAGACCAAAAGUGAGUUUACAUCAUUUGAGCUGGGCUCUUGGGUUACAGAACUUGUAUUGAGUGCUUGUUCUCAAUCUAUUAGGUCUGAGAUGUGUAUGCUGAUUAGCUUACUUUGUGGCCAAAGUUCUUCACGGCGGUUCCGGUUGUUGAAUUUACUAAUGUCAUUGUUACCAGCAACGCUUUCUGCCGGUGAAAAUGCCGCUGAGUACUUUGAAAUGCUCUUUAAAAUGAUAGAUUCUGAAGAUGCCCGUCUUUUCUUGACUGUACGUGGAGGCCUAACUACAAUUUGUGAGUUAAUUAGCCGAGAAGUGGGCAAUGUUGAAUCCCUGGAGAGGAGCCUGCAUAUUGACAUUUCACAGGGCUUUAUUCUUCACAAGCUAAUAGAGCUCCUCGGAAAAUUUUUGGAGGUUUGCAAUAUUAGAUCCAGAUUCAUACGGGAGAAGCUGCUGUCUCAAGUCCUUGAGGCCUUCAUCAUUGUCCGAGGCUUGAUAGUGCAAAAGACGAAGCUGAUUAGUGAUUGUAAUCGUCUUUUAAAGGAUCUUCUUGAUGGUCUUCUACUGGAGAGCAACGAAAAUAAGCGGCAAUUCAUACGAGCAUGCAUUAGUGGUUUGCAAAUCCAUGGAGAGGAGAGAAAAGGACGGGCUUCUUUGUUUAUUUUGGAGCAGCUAUGCAAUCUGAUCUGCCCUUCAAAAGCGGAGCCUGUAUAUCUUUUGGUUCUGAACAAGGCACACACUCAAGAAGAAUUUAUCAGGGGAUCAAUGACCAAGAAUCCUUAUUCCAGUGCUGAGAUUGGUCCUUUGAUGCGUGAUGUUAAAAACAAAAUAUGUCACCAGUUGGAUCUCUUAGGUCUGAUAGAGGACGACUAUGGUAUGGAGUUGCUAGUAGCUGGAAAUAUCAUCUCUCUUGAUUUGAGCAUUGCUCAAGUUUACGAACAAGUUUGGAGAAAGUCAAAUAGCCAGUCUUCAAACACCACAACUAGUAGCACGUUGCUAUCAGCUAAUGCUGUCACGUCAGCCCGAGAUUGUCCUCCAAUGACUGUUACUUAUCGCCUUCAGGGGUUAGAUGGUGAAGCUACUGAACGAAUGAUCAAAGAGUUGGAGGAGGAUAGGGAGGAAUCUCAGGAUCCAGAGGUCGAGUUUUCAAUUGCAGGGGCAGUCCGGGAGUGUGGUGGGCUUGAAAUCAUUUUGGGCAUCGUUCAGCAUUCACGAGACGAAUUGAAGUCAAACCAAGAGCAGUUGGCUGCGGUGCUUAACCUCCUAAUGCUUUGCUGCAAGAUAAGAGAAAACAGAAGGGCCUUAUUAAGGCUUGGGGCUUUAAAUGUACUCCUUGAGACAGCUCGGCAUGCUUUCUCCGUGGAUGCCAUGGAGCCAGCUGAAGGUAUUCUUUUGAUCGUGGAGAGCCUGACACUGGAAGCAAAUGAGAGUGAUAACAUUAGCAUCACAGAGAGUGUUCUUACAGUCACAAGUGGAGAAAGUGGUGCUAGUGAGCAGGCCAAGAAAAUAGUUCUAAUGUUCCUGGAAAGGUUGUGCCAUCCUUCAAGCCUUAAAAAAUCAAAUAAACAGCAGAGGAACACUGAGAUGGUUGCAAGAAUCUUGCCUUACUUAACCUACGGUGAACCUGCAGCAAUGGAUGCACUCAUCCAGCAUUUUGAGCCUUACUUACAAGACUGGAGUGAAUUUGAUCGGCUGCAAAAACUGCACUUAGAGAAUCCAAAAGAUGAGAGCAUUGUGGAGCAAGCAAUGAAACAGAGUUUUGCGAUGGAGAACUUUGUUAGAGUCUCGGAGUCACUGAAGACGAGUUCAUGUGGCGAGAGGUUGAAGGACAUCAUUUUGGAGAAGGGGAUUACUGGAGUUGCAGUUAGACAUCUGAAAGAGAGUUUUGCAUUUACAGGGCAGGGCGACUUUAAAUCUAGCGCUGAAUGGGCAUUUGGUUUAAAACUUCCAUCUGUGCCACUUAUCAUGUCUAUGCUGAGGGGCUUGUCAAUGGGGCAUUUGGCCACCCAAAGGUGUAUUGAUGAUGGGGGAAUCUUACCAUUGCUUCAUGCCUUGGAGGGAGUUGCAGGUGAAAAUGAGAUCGGGGCAAGGGCUGAGAACUUGUUAGACACUCUCUCUGAUAAGGAGGGAAAAGGUGACGGGUUCCUAGCAGAGAAGGUUCACAGAUUGCGGCAUGCCACUCGAGAUGAGAUGAGGCGCCGAGCUCUAAGGAAGAGGGAGGAAAUGCUCCAGCGACUGGGAAUGCGGCAGGAAUUGGCUUCAGAUGGUGGAGGGAGGAUUGUUGUAACUCAACCACUCCUUGAGGGUUUGGACGAUGUUGAGGAGGAAGAAGAUGGACUAGCAUGCAUGGUGUGCCGAGAGGGCUAUAGUCUGAGGCCUACUGACUUGCUAGGUGUUUACUCUUACAGCAAGCGAGUGAACCUGGGUGUUGGAACUUCAGGAAGUGCACGCGGGGAGUGUGUAUACACAACAGUUAGCCAUUUCAAUAUCAUACACUUCCAGUGCCAUCAGGAGGCUAAAAGAGCUGAUGCCGCUCUAAAGAAUCCUAAGAAAGAAUGGGAUGGAGCUGCCCUUAGAAACAAUGAGACGCUUUGCAAUAACCUAUUUCCCUUGCGGGGUCCAGCUGUUCCUGUAGCGCAAUACAAUCGGCAUGUUGACAUGUACUGGGAUAACCUCAAUGCUCUGGGACGUGCUGAUGGAAGUCGAUUGCGGUUGUUGACUUACGACAUUGUCCUGAUGCUUGCUCGCUUUGCAACUGGUGCAUCAUUCAGUGCUGACUGCAAAGGUGGGGGAAAAGAAAGCAACUCCCGUUUCCUUCCUUUCAUGAUUCAGAUGGCCCGUCACCUGCUUGAUCAGGGUAACCACUCUCAGCGCAAAACCAUGGCCAAGUCCGUUGCAACCUACUUGACCUCAUCCUCAGCAGAUUCAACCCCAUCAGCCGCUUCCGGCGGAACAGAAGAAACUGUCCAAUUCAUGAUGGUGAACUCGCUCCUCUCUGAAUCCUAUGAGUCUUGGUUGCAACACCGCCGUGCCUUCUUGCAACGAGGAAUCUACCACGCGUACAUGCAGCACACCCACGGACGAUCACCCCACCGCACAUCACUGAAUCAACCUACAGCUGAAUCCAGUGGAAUUAAUGAUCUGCUAUCUAUAGUUCAACCAAUGCUGGUGUACACUGGCUUGAUUGAGCAGCUUCAGUGUUUCUUCAAAGUCAAUAAAUCGCCUGCAAAUGCAGUGGUUGGCCGAGCAGAAGGGGAUUCUUCUUCUUCUUCUUCAAAGGAAUCAGGCGGCGGGGAAGUGGACGGUGGAAGCUUGGAAGGUUGGGAGGUGGUGAUGAGAGAGAAACUGUUGAAUGUGAGGGAGAUGGUUGGGUUCUCGCGAGAGUUGCUCACGUGGCUAGGGGAUGCCACUUCUGCCAGUGAUUUGCAGGAGGCGUUUGACGUCAUUGGAGUUUUGGCCGAUGUGUUGUCUGGUGGGUUUGCACGGUGUGAGGACUUCGUUUAUGCCGCCAUUGAUAGUGGGAAAAGCUGAGAAUUUAUAGGAAUUAUUAGAAGCAAUGUGUAAGUGUAAUGUUCUUUUUUCCCCUCUUUUGCAUAUGUGAUCUGGAAAUGAGCAGCUUAUGUUGUGUUGUUAAUUGUAAGUCAGAUUAGGAGUUUAAUUUCCUGUUAAUGAAGAGGAUUGUGAACUCACGAGUGUUCAUAAAUUUUGAAGAUCGAUCUCCAUCUGCUUUACAGAGUACAUAAAUGCAACGAUGUGAUGAGUUCACGA